AAUCUAACGUCAGAAAUUACACUAAUCUGUGAUUCAAUUUAAUCACAUUGCUAUAUUUGUCUUGAUAUCAUGAUAUGAAAAAUUAUAAAAUAAAAAGGAAAUCAUUAAAUAAACAAAAUUAUUAACCGUUUUAAAGUAAAUAUUUAACAAAUUUUGAAUUCACUUACAAAUACAAAUGUAAAAUUCUUUAUCCAGAAGUGUCAUUGUUUACAAAAACUCCUAUUACCGGUAAAGUAUUUAUUUAGUAAAAUGUAUUCGUCUGAUUCUGAUGACGAUAUUUACGGUGAUAUAAUAAAAAAACGUGAUAAAUUACUCAGUUAUUACGAAGACAAAGUAAAAUUAUCGUUGAAUGAUAGCGUCGUAUUAAACGAAUUUGAGGAAGCAAAUAACACGAUUACUAAAACAGGUGUACGUAAAAUUGAGAAAAAGAAAAGAAAAAAUGUCGAUACAUGUAUACCUAGCAAACGUGGACGGAGAUCAGAUAAAUUUUCAAAAACUGCGUCUAGUACAAUUGUUUCCAAAGAUAUAACGAAUAAGGUUGAUGAUAGUGUAGAUGCAUUUGUCGAUUUGACAGACUGUAGCUUUCCCGUAAAUAGCCAUAAUAUUGGUACACGCAAAUCAACUAAGCGUCAGACAGCUAAAUCUUUGCUAAACGAGUCGACUAAUAGCGAUGUUAUCUUAAUAGAUACUGAUGAUGAAAGUAGUAGAACUGAUAGUAUACAAAACAAAAGAAGUAAUAGAGGUGGUAAAAAUUCAACUAGAGGUGGCCGUACAAGUAUAAAAUCACCAAGAGGCCGCAGUACAAGUAGAGGCCGCAGUACAAGUAGAGGCCGCAGUACAAGUAGAGGCCGAAAUGCAACCAAAAGCCGUGGGUCAAAUAGAGGCAGGGGCACAACUAAAGGUCGUGGUAAAGCUAAAAACUCAUCGAGAAAUCGAGUUACAAGAAAUCAAAGUACAAGUAAUUCUAGGAGUAGUAAUAUUAUUCCUACAUAUAGUAUUGGUAACACAGAUGAGUAUGAUGAUGAUCUUGAAAAUGUACCAAUAUUUAGCCUGCCUCCAAAGAAAGAUUCUAUAUCGAAUAACUUGGAUGAUGAAAGUGUUGAAAAUGAGGAGUUAUCGGUAAAAGUAUGUUGGCAGAGCAUAAAUAUACACAAAUUUAGUAUCCGGAGGUUCCAAAAAAUCAAAGUUAUUUAUGAUUUCUUUUCUGAAAAGAAAAAUAUACCAAAAAAUUGCUUAGUAUUCAUGUACAAUGAUAUUAUACUAAGUCCAGACGAUUCACCUGACUCAAUAAACUAUAACGUAACAAAAUUUAUUGAUGGAGGUGUCACAAAUGAGAGUGAAAAUGUUAAAACGGAUGUCGUUAACAAAUCUGGCGUUGAAAUUAAGUUUCAAUGUCAAAAAGCUAAGAAACCUAUUAUUAUGUACAUUGAGAAAGGUGAAAAAUUAUCAAUAGCAAUGAUCAAGUGUGCAGAGCACCUUGAAGUGCCGUUAAGAAAAUUGAAAUUUGAAUUUGAUGGUGAUAUUAUCACAGGUUCGGAGACGCUACAAAAUCUGGAAAUAGAGGGAGGCGAAUGCAUCGAUGUGAAAAUUAUUGAUUGAUAUUGUAAUUACAAUUAUGUUUUAAAUAUUAUUUGUAUAUACAUAAUUAUAUUAAUUAUAAUUGUAUAA